CUUCCUCAGCCCACCAUGGAGCUCCUGGGAAUGACCACUAUUUUCUUGCUGAUUUGCCUCUCGUAUCUUCUUCUCGUCACCACAUGGAGAAACAUCUCACAAAAUGGGAAGCAGCCUCCUGGUCCUUUUGCACUCCCCCUUGCUGGAAACAUAUUCCAGCUGAACCCAAAGAACUUGCCUGAGAGCUUGAGAAAGCUUAGUGAGAAGUAUGGUCCUAUCUUCACAAUAUAUUUAGGCCCACAAAAGAUUGUGGUGCUGUAUGGCUAUGAUGUUGUGAAAGAAGCUCUGAUUGAUCAGGCAGAUGACUUCAGCGGAAGAGGCAACUUACCAUUACUUAGAAGACUUCUCAAAGGCACAGGUAUUGUGACCAGCAAUGGGGAGACCUGGAAGCAGCUCCGGCGAUUUGCACUCAGCACUCUGAGGGAUUUUGGGAUGGGGAAGAGGAGUAUUGAGGAGCAAAUCCAGGAAGAAGCUCAUUUUCUGGUGGAGAGGAUCAGGAACACACAUGAGAAACCCUUCAACCCUGGUGGAUUCCUGAUCCAUGCUGUCUCCAACAUCAUCUGCUCCAUUGUAUUUGGGGAUAGGUUUGACUAUGAGGACAAGAAAUUUUUAAAUUUAAUUUAUUUGCUAGAAGAAAACACUAAGUACCAGAAUGCUAUACAAACACAGCUAUACAAUUUCUUCCCAACUCUCAUGGAGUUUUUACCAGGACCUCAUCAAAAAAUGCUGAAAAAUAUUGAUGAAGUUGAUAAAUUUAUUUUAGAAAUCAUAGCACAACAUCAGGAAACCUGGGAUCCUAGCUGUCCUCGAGAUUUCAUCGAUGCUUUUCUUAACAAAAUGGACGAGGAGAAAGGGAAUGGUCACUCAGUAUUCACCGUUGAGUCCAUGACCAGAUCCACACUCGACUUGUUCCUUGCAGGAACAGGGACCACCAGCACCACCCUGAGACAUGCACUUCUGAUUCUUCAGAAAUACCCAGAGAUACAAGAGAAAGUUCAGAAGGAGAUUGAUCAUGUGAUUGGCCGAGACCGAAGAUCCUGCAUGGCAGAUCGGAGCCAGAUGCCCUACACAGAUGCUGUGAUCCAUGAAAUCCAGAGAUUCAUUGAUUUCCUUCCACUUAAUGUCCCACAUGCUGUGAUCAAAGACACCAAGUUCAGAAACUAUUUUAUUCCAAAGGACACAAUGAUAUUUCCUCUGCUGACUCCUGUCCUACACGAUAGCAAAGAAUUUCCAAAUCCAGAAAAAUUUGACCCAGGACAUUUCCUGAAUGAAAAUGGUACAUUUAAAAAGAGUGACUUUUUCAUGCCAUUCUCUGCAGGAAAACGCAUCUGUGCAGGAGAAGGUCUGGCCCGGAUGGAGCUGUUCAUAUUUCUAACAUCCAUCCUGCAGACCUUUACUUUGAAACCUGUUGUGGAUCACAAGGACAUUGACAUUGCCCCAUUAAUUACCUCUACCGCUAGUAUACCCCGACCUUAUGAGGUCUCUUUUAUUCCACGCUAACCAAGUGAAGACUGUUGUCACAUACCACACUCGUGAAAGCUCUGGUUGAAUGACA